GAAUACAAGCAGCAGGCCAAAAGUGAAGAAUUCAGCGAAGGUCCACCUAAAGACUCAAGGAUAACAUUUCACCCUAUGUAUGAAAUACCACAGAUGAGACGCUGGUACAAGUCAGAUAAAUCACCAUCUGAAGAAUCGCUAAAAUAUUUCCUAAAUGAACUUAAUAAAGGACCUGUAAGACAAGAUAGACCAAAAUUAACAUUAGCUAAAAUCAAAAUAUGGUGGAAAAAUGAACGUUCAAGAGAAAAAAAAAUUCAGAAUAAAACAGCACAGAAAAUGUUAGCAGAGUUGGAAGAGGAAACUGCAGGUCUGGACGAUGAUUCUGACUUUUCAGAUAUGUUGCUAUGACAACUGAUUUAUUAUUAACCUUCAUGAAUGGCUUAUUUGAAUAAAAUGAUGGGGGAACUCAGAUGUUUCCGAAUCUUGCUACUAAAAGGCAAUGGCACAAUAUUUGCCAUACGUAUAGCAUUUCCUUUAUCAGUUUACAAGUUGCAAAGUCUGCUACAUGUAUUUUUUGUAUAUACAGCUGUAUGUUUGAAGAUAGUUUAAUUAUGAUAGAGAAAAAUAAAUUAUUUUCUUAUGAUACCAAAUUUUAAUGGAGCUAAAAAUCUGUGUUACAUUCGAUA